AUGCACCAUACUAGAGAACCCGAGAAGAGGGAGGAGCAAAAGAUCGAGAGAUGGCGCCUGGGAAACGUGAUGUACGGCGGGCUAUAUUCAUCGCCCAGCCAUCGAAGAGAGCUAUCCGCCCGCUAUAUGCCGGGCAUCUCUUCCAUCUACACUGCCACUCCCAGAUUCGGUUCCUCGUUCCGCCACUCUGUGCCCACCUACGAGCCCCGCCCAGGUAUGGAUGAGGAUACGCGGCGUCUGAUGAAUCGAUAUUUGGACCGAGACUCGUCCGGCCGUCCCAAGCGUACCCGUGUCCAUUUCAAGUUCAAUUUG